GACAGAAAGAUAGAUAGAUAGAUAGAUAGAUAGAUAGACGGAUAGAUAGAUAGAUAAGCCUUUCCCGUUUCUCAGAUGAACACGGGGAUAUUUUUAGUCGAAUCGGGUUUUUUUCUCUCUCUCCUCCAGGGAUUCAAACUAACACGUUACACCCGAUGGAGACGCCAAACUGACGUCAGAGCAACCAACCUGACGUGUGAAGCAUCCACCUCUCCAUCCAUCCACCCCCACUACCGAACCAAGCCCUCCUCCCUGUCAUCUGUGUUCACGUCAGCUCUACCUACAGGAGCAGCUGAUUCUUCAGGAACAAACACAGCAACAGCGAGAAGAACAAUAUAUUAAAAGAAGACACGGAGGACAUUUAGCCACUGCCCCCACCUUCACAGCAGUCUGUCCAUUUUUUCAGUUGUCUCUGAAACGUUGAUCGCGUUAUUUUCUUCCUCUGGCGUGAAUCUGGUGUGAAAUGGAAGUGAGAUGUCCUCGUCCAGCGGUGAUGUGUUGCGUCUUCGCCCUCCUGCUGUUUCCUGGUUCUUCUCUGCAGCAGCAGCAGCAGCGGGGAUGGGGAUCCUCUUACAGGGACAGACAGUAUCUGAACGAGUGGGCAGUGGAGAUUCCCGGCGGCCCCUCCGUGGCCGAGGGCAUCGCCAAAGAGUUGGACUACCAACUGGUCCGACAGAUUGGGGCCCUACAAGACCAUUUCUUGUUCAAACACCGAACUCAUCCUAGCAGAAUGAAACGAAGUGCCACCCACAUCACCAGACGGCUGUCAGAGGAUGAUAGGGUGCUGUGGGCGGAGCAGCAGUAUGAAAAGCGACGCAGCAAGCGAGCGUCUCUGAGGGAGUGCAGAGAAUGUCCUGUGGAUAAGCUCUUUGAUGAUCCCAUGUGGAACCAGCAGUGGUACCUGCAAGACACACGAACGUCCUCCUCUCUGCCUAAGCUGGACCUGCAUGUGAUCCCUGUGUGGCAAAAAGGCAUCACAGGAAAAGGAGUAGUCAUCACUGUUCUGGACGAUGGCCUAGAGUGGAACCACACUGACAUCUAUUCCAACUACGAUGCAGCAGCCAGCUACGACUUCAACGACAACGACCCGGACCCUUUUCCCCAGUACGACUCCACCAAUGAGAACAAGCAUGGAACCAGGUGUGCUGGAGAAAUUGCCAUGCAAGCAGACAACAACAAGUGUGGUGUCGGAGUGGCAUAUAACUCCAAGGUUGGAGGGAUUCGAAUGCUGGAUGGGAUUGUGACGGAUGCUAUAGAGGCCAGUUCUAUUGGUUUCAACCCUGACCAUGUGGACAUCUACAGUGCCAGCUGGGGACCCAACGAUGACGGAAAGACAGUGGAGGGCCCCGGGCGCCUGGCCCAGAAGGCUUUUGAAUAUGGUAUUCAGAAGGGCCGUCGAGGAAAAGGCUCUAUCUUUGUUUGGGCGUCAGGUAACGGCGGCAGACAGGGCGAUAACUGUGACUGUGACGGCUACACGGAUAGCAUCUACACCAUCUCGAUCAGCAGCGCUUCUCAGCAGGGCCUUUCACCGUGGUACGCUGAGAAGUGCUCGUCCACUUUGGCCACAGCCUACAGCAGUGGAGACUACACUGACCAGAGGAUAACGAGUGCUGACUUGCAUAACGAAUGCACUCAAACUCACACCGGAACAUCAGCCUCUGCCCCACUGGCUGCUGGGAUUUUUGCCUUAGCACUGGAACAAAAUCCAGAUCUGAACUGGAGAGACCUGCAGCACAUUGUCGUCUGGACCUCUGAGUUUGAUCCUUUGGCCAAUAAUCCAGGCUGGAAGAGGAAUGGAGCGGGGCUGAUGGUGAACAGUCGUUUUGGUUUUGGUCUCCUGAAUGCCAAAGCUCUGGUUGAUCUGGCUGACCCAGGCAGCUGGAAGCAUGUUCCUGAGAAGAAGCAGUGUAUCGUCAGAGAUGAUUCUUUCCAGCCACGGGAGCUGAAAGCAGCAGGUGAGAUCACCAUAGAGAUUCCAACUAAAGCCUGCGCAGGUCAGGAGAAUGUGAUCCUGUCGCUGGAGCACGUGCAGGUGGAGGCGAGCAUCGAAUACACCAGGAGAGGAGAUCUGCACAUCACCCUCACCUCCCCAGCAGGCACAAACACCGUGCUUCUGGCUGAGCGUGAGAGAGACACGUCUGCUAACGGUUUCAGAAACUGGGCCUUCAUGUCGGUUCAUACCUGGGGGGAAAAUCCUGCUGGGACAUGGACCCUGAAGAUCACAGACACUUCUGGUCGAAUGGAGAACAAAGGCCGGAUUCUGAACUGGAAGUUGAUUCUUCAUGGAACAUCAGAAAAACCACAGCACAUGAAGAAGCCUCGAGUGUACAUCCCAUACAACGCCGUGCAGAACGACAGACGUGGUGUGGAGCACAUGGAUGACAUGAUGGAGGAGCCCACACAGGCCCAUCCACCUCCUCCAACAGAUGCUGUACGAUCUCCAGCCUCCUCCAAAUUAGAGAAAGCUUCUGAAAAGCCCUCAAAUUCCGCCCUCUCUCCCUCAGUGGCCCUGCUGCGAUUACUGCAGACGGCCUUUAACAGGCACACUCCUCUGCAGGAUCCCCGAGCCCCAACCAGAACCUCCUCCUCGGUCAGGAGUAAGCAGCAGCAAUCGAACAGGAUCUCCUCCCCCGUUUCCACCAGACUCCCCCCGCAGCAGCUGUACCAGGCACUGGAUCUUAUCAACAGGUACCGAGGCCCAGGGGACAGUGUCUACAACGACUACAGCGACGAUUUCUACAGCAACAAACACUACAGGCACAGAGACGACCUGCUGCUGCAGGCUCUGGUUGACAUGAUAGGUGAUGAUGGAAUGUAAAGUGAUGAGGAGGUGAGAGGAAGAAGAGAAGAGGAGGGAAGAGGAAGAAAGGAGAGGAGAGGAAAGGAGAGGGGACAAAAGAAAACAAACAAAAUAAUGUAAAACAGUAUGUUUCUGUGGGGGGGGGGGGGGGGGGGGAGCAGAGAAUGUAAGAAGGAAAGAGGAAAAGACCAAGAAACUGACUCUGGACCAGAUUUACCUUGGAUCCCUUUUAGACUUAAAUCAGCUGAGAGGUGGUUCCAUUGUGUAGUGGAUAACAUGCCUGCCUUGCGAGCAGAGGGCACUCCUGGGAUUGAUUCCCAGAGAAACCACAUCCCCCUAAUGGCGCCUCCCCUGUGGCAGCCUGUGUCAAUUACAAGUCAUAUUGCAAAUUUCCCAAUUGUGGAAAGAAUAAGCCACUCUAUUAUUAAUAUUAUUCUAACAAAAAAAUAAAUGCAAAAUAAGGUACAUCCUCACACACUGAUCUGUUGCAGCUGAUCUACCUUCACUCACCAUAGAGUUGACAUGCCACAUUAUGAGGCAGUCUCUGUUCAGUGGCAUGUUGUUCAAGUUUAACAUUACUAAGAUAGGCUCGAUCUACAGAUUGAAUGCAACAGCUCAACCUGAUGUUUUGGGCAUGUUACGUGUUAGUAUGAGUGUAAGUGGGAGGCACAGAAAUCAACAGUAAAAUGACCAAAUCAUAAACAGCAAGUCUGUCCUGAUCUGAUCUAAAUCCAUUAUUCUCAAUUCUUCGGGAUCGUUUAAGUGGACUGUGGUUUGUCUGAGUCAGAUCUGGUUUGGAGUCAGUCAGCUGUCUGCAGGAAGAUUAGGGAUUGGACGAGGAGCUGGAGAAGUGGAGGGAGAAGAGAACAGACAGAGGGAAGAAAAACGAGGUCUUCCACUCCUCCACUCUGUUAUUUGUUUUCUCCAGAAAUGCUGCAGAUCUGAUGCUUUCAUGAUCAUCCGUUAAUCACAGCACCCUCAUUUCCCUCUGUCCUUAUCUCUCAAGAGAACCAGAGGACAUGGUCUCAUGUCUCAGCUCUUCACUGCCUGCUCAGCAUGACAUCUUUACAUCUUUAUUAUGUCUCUCAUUCAUGUCAUUCACGAUUGAAAUAUGGUUCGAAAAAAAUGCUGUUAGAUGAAAUUAUACAGUCUGACUAAAGAAGUGCAGUAUAUAAUAACAUCAUAAUAUUAUUGAUAAUCUGACAGAACUAGUGACUGCACCAAGGAUUAUGGGCCAAUGUAAAGCCAUUCCACAAAAUAGUGAGAAACUCUUACGUCACUGCCAGUAUUUGUUUUAUGCCCUGGUUUUUUGGGUUUUUUUUGCCACUACAUGACACCAAAGCAACAACACAGGGUUUUAGUAACAGAGUAACGAAAUACUGUUUUUCAUGUCUGUUUGUCUUUUAAACUGAACAGUAAGUGAAAUGUUUGAGGUGCUACUUCAACAAAGGUUGGGCAGGUGAUAGUGUUUUUGUCUUAAUUCUCUUUCAUUGGAUGAUCUCAAACUUUGCGUUGAGAAGAUUUUAAAUUUAACGUCCCUCCACUUACAAACCAAGAUUUUCUUGAAAAUCUGUCUGGCACUUUUCUUCAGAGAGUUUAAAUAUAUUUUAUGCUCAGGUUACAAUGCUGUUCUCAUUUUACCAACACAAAGAGUAGAAGUUAGCUACGAUCUGUGGACAAUUUAAUCUUCUAACAAUUUAAUUUUUUUAUUCCAAACUUAUUCUGAACUAUUUUGACAAUCAGGGCUUUAUUGAAGGGACCUUAUACCAUGUCUUCAUUGUGGUCAUAAUAAAACCCUGACUUGGACUUGAACCUCAAAUUUAUUUUCUUUGGCAGUUCUGUGUUCCUGUGAAACUAAAAAAGAUUUGGACUGUGGGUUUUUGAAUUAACAUCUUAUUCCAACAAGGUAAAUGUCACUUCUCUUGAUAUUAACAAACACUGCCAACAUUGUCUUGUUUUUAUUCUUUUAUCUAUUUUCAAAUUAGUCAUGUCAUUCACAGAUCAUCAAAAACUGUUUUUUUUAAACGGACAUCCCACAGAUGACCAGAGUUCUGCAAAGCCAUCUUUUGGCAAAUGCUACAUGCUUUAAUAAAUGCUGUCAUUGUUAAGGUUCGCUCCAUUCUCCACAGAUCAUUUUAUUGGUGUUAGUCUUUAGUGUUUAUAAUAAUAGCUGUAACGGAGCCUGUGUGUAAACGUCCGACCCAGCCUUGGUCUGCCUGCCCAGCUUCUCUGCCAGCAAAGAGACAGGAAACAGAAGAUGUUUAUGAAUAUAUACACUUAUUUAUCUAUUUAGCUCUUUAGCAGAGCCUGUGCUGUUUUUAUCAUUUUGUUUUGUGUUUUGCUGAUGCUUUACUCAGAAGUUGUUUACAUUGAUAUUUAUGUAUAGGUGUAUAAAUCCAGGUAAAGAUAAUAAAUUUAUCAUAAUAAACUGCAAAUUGACAUCUGGGGUCUGUCUGAAUUUUUUUUAAACUUGUUUAUUUUUUCAAACCAUUUGUCUUAAACAUGUAGACUAUUGUAUUCGUCAGAUUCCCAAGUUUCCCACAGUACCUGAACGCAUUUUGUUAGACAGCUGAAACUUCUGCAUGAUGACUCCUAACUGGCACAAAAU